AUGCUACCUACUUUACUCCUAUUAGGUUCACUUUGCUUUGCAAAGCCACUUACAUAUAUUGACUACUACUCAUUUUCUGCAAUAAAUCUUGACUUACCUGACAUCGGAUUGAACUGGGAUGAAUCCUUGAAUCAUACAAGUAUUACUUAUUCUAAUCUUGAAUUUAAUGUAUAUGUGGAAAAUUCAAUGCCAGACGUGGUCAAAUAUGAAUCUUCUACAAGAGAAUUGUUUAACUGGAAAAAGUUGAAUCAUAUCGUCAAGAAUAACCCCAAGAGUAUUGUAUAUUUCAAGGACUCUCGAACUCUCUUGGUCCCAAAUGACGAUAUUCUUGAUAUGUCAGAUGAGGAGAUUAAAACUUACUUAAAUGAAGGAAAUCCAAUUACAUACUUGGAGUUAGAUUAUGGCUCAUUGAAGAGCCACUCAACUACUUUGGAACCUGUCUUAAUACCAGCCACUUCUUGUCUAUUCUUGAACGAUGAAAAAGGUUCUGGAUCUCUUUCGAUCGCAUAUCUGGGGGGCACAGUUAUUAGAAAUAUUGCGGGUGCAAACGCUAAUUAUAAGUCGGGAAUACUUGGUUUGACUUACCUAACAGGUUAUAAAGCUGGAGCUUCGGCGUCAUUUUCUGGGACGUAUUCUUGUAAUACAUCAAAGGGAAAGGCUGUCAGGCUAUUCUAUAGAGUAUUCACAAUGGAUGUAAAGCCGAAGUAUAAAAAUAUCGUUUAUGAUGGAUUGAAAAACAUUAUGGUUGACGGACAAUGGUCAGAAAUGGAAAGAAGAAAAUAUCUAGUUGACCUUGCACCUCAAUACUACUGUGCUACGGAAGAUAAACUUGAUCUCCAAUGUUUUAAACCAGGUAUUGAAUUCAUUGAUAGAAAUGGAAAUAUCAUUGAGAGUUAUAUUAAGUAA